ACUCGAUCGCGGUUUGGCUUUGGGGCACGUUGCAACUUUCCGCACCCGCUGCAGCCUGUCCGGAACCCAGGCAGUACUUCACAUAUUCAUCUUCGCGCCCUCGACUCGCACCCUACGACGGCCUCCACACCUCCACGCCUGCCCCGCGAAUUCGAAUUGUGGGCGCCGCUUGGUCCCACCACAGCCCACCGCACUUCCUAGACACCUUGCACGUUCGACACCAUGGCCGACUACGAGGCGCUCAAGGACCAGUGGAGCGACAUUGAGGACAGGGAUGGCAUCAGGCUCAGCUGGAACACUUUUCCCAGCUCGCGCAUGGAAGCAUCGCGGCUAGUUGUGCCCAUCGGAGCCCUCUACACCCCACUGAAGGAGACCGCAAGCCCGCUCCUCCAGUAUGAACCCAUCGUUUGCAAGGCGCCGUGCCGCGCCGUCCUCAACCCCUUCUGCCAGGUCGACAUGCGCGCGAAGGUCUGGCAGUGUCCAUUCUGCAUGCAGCGAAAUGGGCUCCCGGCGCAUUACAAGGACAUCUCAGCCGAACAGAUCCCUCCAGAGCUGCACCCGAGCAACACCACCAUUGAGUACAAGCUUGCGCGACCGGCGCCCUCACCGCCCAUCUUCCUCUUCGUUGUUGAUACUUGCCAAGAGGAGGAUGGCUUGAAGGCACUCAAGGACUCUAUUAUCAUGAGCCUGAGUCUGCUUCCGCAGUACGCGCUGGUUGGCUUGAUCACUUUUGGAACUAUGACCCAAGUUCACGAGCUCGGAUACACCGAAUGCGCCAAAUCAUACGUCUUCCGGGGCAACAAGGAUUACACUUCGCAGCAGGUCCAGGAAAUGCUUGGCCUCGGUCAGAUCGCACCCCGCGCCAACAUGCAGCAGCAGCCCGGGCGACCUCCAAUGCCCAUUGGCGGGCCCGGCGCACGCUUCCUCCUGCCCGUUGCGCAGUGCGAGUUCCAACUCACCAACGCUCUCGAGCAGCUUCAGAAGGACCCCUGGCCCGUGGCCAACGACAAGCGAGCGCUGAGGUGCACUGGUGUUGCACUUAGCGUAGCGGCUGGACUCUUGGAGACCUCGUUCAAGAACAUGGGAAGCAGGAUCAUGCUCUUCAGCGGUGGCCCUGCUACUGAGGGCCCGGGAAUGGUCGUUGGACCUGAACUCAGGGAACCCAUCCGAUCGCACCACGACAUUGACCGUGACAACAUCAAGUACUACAAGAAGGCGCUGAAGUUCUACGACACUCUCGCAAAGCGCAUCGCACACAACGGCCACAUCGUGGAUAUUUUUGCUGGUUGCUUGGACCAGGUCGGUCUUCUCGAGAUGAAGGGUCUGGUCAAUUCCACCGGUGGACAUAUGGUCCUGACCGACAGCUUUACGUCUUCCAUGUACAAGCAAUCUUUCGCCCGUGUUUUCAACAAGGACGAAGACGACAACCUGCUCAUGGGUUUCAAUGCCGACUUUGAGGUCCUCACGACCAAAGAGCUGAAGGUCACUGGCUUGAUUGGUCAUGCCGUCUCCAGCAACAAGAAAUCAUCAUCCGUGGGCGAGACUGAGUGCGGCAUUGGCAACACAUGCUUGUGGAAGAUGUGCGGUAUCAAUCCAGAGUCUAGCUACGGUGUCUACUUCGAAAUUGCCGGUCAAGGCGGGCCAAACCAGCUGGCAGCAGGUCCGCAGAAGGGCAUGAUGCAGUUUUUGACCUACUACCAGCAUUCCGCCGGCAACUUCCACUUGAGGGUCACGACUGUUGCACGUAACCUCAGCGGACCUUCGGGUGACCCAGCCAUCGCUCAGUCGUUCGAUCAAGAAGCAGCCGCUGUCCUCAUGUCAAGAAUAGCAGUAUUCAAGGCUGAGGUUGAUGAUGGCCCCGACGUCCUCCGAUGGGUAGACCGAAUGCUGAUUCGGUUAUGCGCCCGUUUUGCAGAGUACAGGAAAGAUGACCCCUCGUCUUUCCGUCUUGAGAAGAACUUCACCCUCUACCCACAGUUCAUGUUCCACCUGCGCCGAUCACAGUUCCUUCAGGUUUUCAACAACUCGCCCGAUGAGACCGCUUUCUAUCGACACGUUUUGAACCACGAGGACGUCAGCAACUCGCUCAUUAUGAUCCAGCCUACCCUUGACAGCUACGGCUUCGACCACGAGGGCGGCCAACCAGUUCUGCUCGAUUCUUCCUCCAUCCAGUCCGAGACCGUCCUUCUCCUCGACACUUUCUUCCACAUACUCAUCUUCCACGGCGAGACCAUGGCAGAAUGGCGCAAGGCUGGCUACCAAGAACAGGAGGGCUACGAAAACUUCGCCGCAUUGCUCGAUGCACCGAAGGGUGAUGCCAGGGAUCUCAUCCAGGACCGCUUCCCACUUCCCCGGUUCAUUGUCUGCGACGCUGGUGGUUCGCAAGCCCGUUUCCUACUCUCGAAGCUCAACCCGUCGACAACGCAUACCAGCCAGGGCCAGUAUGGUGGUGCAUCGGCGCAGACCAUCUUCACGGAUGAUGUUAGCUUGCAAACAUUCAUGGACCAUCUGAUGAAGCUGGCUGUGUCCGGGACGAGCUAGUUCAUGGGCGCAAUAGACGAUAAUUGGAAGGCGGGUUGGUGGACGGGUCAACGACUACUAGAGUUGGGGCUGGCGAUGGGUAGGGGGCAUUUUACGAUUGUACCGACAUGAUGUAGGGGUGUUGAACACGCCCUUUGAGUUUAGCCAAAACAUCCUACUUCUAAUCUCGCCCUCAAGGGCUUGGGGAAAUGUUUGCCAUUACUCGUGAG